AUGUUGCGGUCUGAAAGCGCACCCAGUCGUUGCCGUGCAGGUGAUGCGCUUCCUUGGUGGAAGCGACCUGCUGGUUGGUGGUUAAUGGUCAUCGCUCCUCUCAGCACACUUUAUCAAGCGGGUACCGCGAGUGCCCAGGUCGAGCUCUUCAGCGACCUCGUGUGUCGGGAGGUUUACCGUCCUGAGACGCUCGCCGUCACUACCUCGUCAUUGCGGUCCUCGAUGAUGACGCCCGGGCCGGCAUUAAUCCCGUGCUCAGCGGAUCCUGUGGUGCAAGCCGCCGUUGCAAAACUAGAAAUUGUUGUUCUGACGGUCACUGGAGCGUUAACUUUCGCGACAGCAAGCUGGUGGGGUUCCUUUUCUGACCACUUCGGCCGUACCCGUAUGCUAGCUAUCUGCGCUCUUGGCGGCCUACUUGGCCCUCUACUCCUCAUCUUGGUAGCCAAAUAUUCAGAGUUCCUGCCUGGUGGAUAUCGUUUCAUCGUCCUUCACGCCGUAGUGACUGGCUUGCUCGGCGGUGCUGCGAGCGAAAGUUCUGCAACGAAUUCAUAUCUUGCAGAUAUUUCUAUACCAGAGGAGCGGUCCCGCAUUUUCUCCAUAAUUCUUGGGUUCUCUCUCGCAGGCAUCGGGUUAGGGCCACUUCUUGGGAGCCUCAUUCUAAGGUCAACCCAUGAUGUUCUUCUCUUGUUCUAUAUCGCGGCAGGACUCAAGGCCAUCCAAACACUCAUCAUAUUAUUUCUGAUGCCAGAGUCUCUCACCCACGAACAAAUGCAACGGACUGCUGAGCAGGUCUAUGCAACGAAUGGUUUUCAAGCCGUCUCAACUGGACACUACAGCUUAGCCCAACGCUUGUCGGCUCCGGCAAUGUUUGUGCUCAGGCCAUUGGCAAUCCUCCUUCCGGAAACGACACAUAGCAGCGGAGAGCGAAAACCCGCAGAGUGGAACAUGUUGUUAUUGGUUGUCAGUGAGGGGCUAAUGUUGUUUGCUGGGUCAUCCUUGAUCAACCAAUUUCUCUACGCUCUCCGAACUUUCCAGUGGGAUGCUGAAUAUCUGGGUUAUUGUCUAAGCAGUAUCGGCUUCGCCAGAGCAGGCUACCUGGUCGUCAUCCUCCCUCUUGUGCUCAAAUCCAUUAAAAAUGGGCGGACUGCCGCAAGAACAAUGCCAUCUGAAGAGCAACCGCUGCUUGUGCCUCCUGAGGAACCCGAAUUCGAAGGCGGUUCAUACACCGAUCCGGCUGCUAUUUCGUCUCGACCAUCUCCAGAGCCGACAUCCGCCUAUGCGACAGCCUUUGACCUCUCGCUCAUGCGAUUCUCCAUCUUUGUCUUCAUCAUCACAUUUGCCAUACUCCCGCUCGCGCCAACUGGCGCGUUGUUCAUUUUAUUUAUCUCGCUGGGGUCUUUGGGGGCGGGCUUGGAGCCAGCUGCCAACAGUCUCGUGCUAGAAUUAUAUACCCGGCGGGUGUCCAACAGGGCAAAGGCGGAGUCCGAGUCCGGGAAGCUUUUUGCGGCCGUUGGGGUCGUGCAGACCAUCUUUGGCCGCAUUCUUGGACCUGUUAUAUAUGGCUCCAUAUAUUCCGCAACUGUGGCGAGCCACCCUCGCACAAUAUUCUUGGUGGCAUUUGUCAAUGCCGUGCUGGCUUUUGGUCUACUGUGGCUCGUUCGUUUACCCGCUGAAAGACCAGAAGAGGAGACCAUCAGAGCUUGA